CUUUCUUUCUUUCUUUCUUUCUUUCUUUCUUUCUUUCUUUCUUUCUUUCUUUCUUUCUUCACGAGGUGUGUACAUGUCUACUCAUACCAAUGUUCUCCUUGCAGGAGGCUUUGCUGCAUUCACAGUUGAUUUGCUUAUCUAUCCCCUUGACACCCUGAAAACUCGAUUCCAGAGUCCGGAUUACAAGAAAAUCUACUUCGAUGCUACCAAAAAUGCCAUCAACCGGAAGCUGCUCUUCCGGGGGCUCUAUCAAGGAGUUGCAAGUGUCAUACUUAUAACAAUACCGUCAUCUGGAGCAUUUUUCACUUCAUACGAGGCAGCGAAAUCUGGGCUCUCAAAAGCCACCACUUCCUCCACCGGGAGAGCACUAAUUCCACAACCCAUCGUCCACAGCGCCGCCUCAGCAAUAGCCGAACUAGUCUCAUGCUUCAUCCUCACACCUGCAGAAGUCCUAAAGCAGAAUGCGCAGAUGAUUCGACGUCCAGCAUCAAGCUCGGAUUCAGUGGCCAAAGUAGCGUACCAACCUUCUGUUACUAUGCAGGCAUUGAAGCAGUUCAACAAGCCGUCACAGCUGUUCAGAGGAUAUACUGCUUUAGCAGCUCGAAAUCUUCCGUUUACUGCCAUGCAGUUUCCUAUGUUUGAGAACUUGAAGGAGACUAUCAAGGCUCGUAGGAGAGAGGCUGGGACGUUUACUGGGGAGUUGAUGGAGACGGCUUUGAUUGCUGCUGUAAGUGCCGGAAGUGCGGGAUCCGUUGCUGCUGUCAUAACUACGCCUGUCGAUGUCGUGAAGACGAGAAUCAUGCUUUCGGCUGCAGGAGAGGCCUCUGAGACGGAAGCAAAGAAGGAGAUGGGGACGGCCAAGAGGGAAGGGCAAUCGCUUAACAAGCUCGCGAAAAAGAAAGGGGGAACCAGGAAAGGUGGGUUUGCCGUGGCCAGGGAAAUUAUAGGGGAGAGUGGGGCGAAGGGAUUGUUUAGAGGAGGAUCCUUUAGAGCAGCUUGGACUGCUUUGGGUAGUGGACUCUAUCUCGGUGUUUAUGAGAGUGCAAAAGACUACCUUGCCGGCCCAGGCAACAGCAGUGACAAAUCUGAUUGACUAUG